AUGAAAGACACAACCUCAAACUAAAAUCCUAUUAGAUUGAGGCAGAAAAAAAGCAUAUUAGAGGUGGUUUUUGGAUUCCCCUUCAAAAUAAUAAAAUUCUUUCUCUAGAAACAUAUUGAUGUCCUAAUAUUUAUUUUGAAUAUAUUAUAUAGAUUAUAUAGACUUAAAAGUAACAAAAAAAAGAUUACUAAUUCUGAGAUAAAAAAGGGAACUUUGGUAGAGGAAGAUAUUUAAAAAUAGAAGCCUUAGAAAUAUUAAUAAUUGUUAAAUAAAAAAUUCCAAGAUAAACAAUAAUCAUAAUAUAGUAAGUCAAAAUAAUAAGAGUAAUAAUAGACAAAUGAGUCCGACUAAAAUUAGGAUCACUAAAAUAAGAAUCAUAUUUAAGAGAAUAAUGACGAAUCUAAAAUUUUACAGAUAGACUUAAAACAACAAUUUAUUCCUUAGGUGAAUCAAGUGAAAGAAGAAAAUUAUUAAGCAGAACGAUAAGUGGAAACAUCAUAAUAAAAUAGUAUAAACCAAUAGAAAUAAGAAAUUUAAGAAUAAUAAUAAGAGGAAAUAGUAAAAGUCAAUGUAGAGGUUUAAGAAUAACAAUAAGAAGAAAUAGUAAAAGUUUAAGAAUAAUAAUAAGAGGAAAUAGUAAAAGUUAAUGUAGAAGUUUAAUUAGAAGAUUCUUCUUCGAACAAAUUGGAUCAACAAUAGUAACAAGAAGAACCUGCUUAAAUGGAAUAAUAAGAAAUAAUUGGUGACUAAAAUGUAGAAAAUGUAGUAAAUGUACCUGAAUUUAUAGAAAGAUACUAAUACUUAAAAGAAGAUGAUGUAGAUUUGCUUAACCAAAUUGCUAACAAAUCCUAUAAAGGUAGAUAAGUUGGGAAUUAAUUUAAAUAUUUUAUUGGUGAAGUCGAGAAUAUUUAGGGUACAAUAAAGUAAUAUUUUGGAAGAAACCAGAACAAAUUUUCAAAGUAGAUUAAAUAACUUAAGAAAGAAAUUAUUGGCCAUAUCAACAUUAGAGGAGAUGGAAAUUGUUUUUAUACAUCUUUCUUAUAUUAAUAUUUAUCAAUUCUUCUAAGAGAUGAACAGAGAAAAAAUUAGUUUAUUAAUGAGGUUGAACAACUCUCUGCAAAAAUAAAAUAUUAAAAUAUUGAAAUUAAAGAGAAUAAGAAAAUAGUUUAAGAAUUUAUUUGGUAAUUUUAGCAAUUAAAAACAAAAGAAGAAUUAUUAAAAUAAAUGAGGGAUCCAGAUUAUUUAUUUUACUUACUCACUAUUUUAGUUUUUAGAAGAUACUUUGCUCAUAUCUUUCAUAAUAGUCAAGAGUUUAAAGAGCUUGGAGAUUUAAAUAUUACGAAAGAUCUCUUAACUUGGGAAUAGGAGUGUAACAAUAAUGAAACGUUGAUAAGGACAAUUGUUGAACAUUUUAAAUUGCAUAUUAUCCUGUAUUACAUAGAUUUAUAAAAUUCUAGCUAUGAAAGGAAGGAAUAUCUACCUAAAAAUAAUGAAGGAGUAAAGGUAGAAAAAAUCUUUUUGUUAUUAUGCCCAGGACAUUAUUAAAUAGCAUUACCUGCAUGA